CAAAUCAACAUGAAGUUCCUCAUCUGCUUGACUCUUUGCAUUGCCGCCGCCCAGGCUGGCUUCAUCGCCGCUCCAGCGACCACCUAUGCCGCUGCUCCUUAUGCCGCCACCUAUACUGCCGGAUCUCCCGUGGCCACCUAUGCAGCUGCCUCUCCUGCUUACUCCACCUAUGCAACUUCCGUGUACAGUGCUCCGGCAUACACAGCCCCCGUUACCACCUAUGUCGCCGGACCUGCCUACACUGCUCCGAUUUCCACCUAUGCUGCUCCGGCCAUCGUCAGCCCCUUCCUGAAGAAGAAGUAA